AUGGCGAAGCCCGGGCUUGGUUCGACGGCGUCAGAGGAGCCUUCACACGGAUGUGAAGGCAACGGCGCAAGGGAGACGACGGAAGGUCGCGAUCGUGGGAGUCGCAGGUUGACCUUUGAUACUGAGGGAGCUGCCAACGUCACCGUUGAGGAAAAUGUGCAGUUGCCAGACGACCUCACUAUCGACAACUGGUUGGAAAACAUUCGAACAGCACCAAAGCUCAUGUACCAGCGAGUAAACGAUCUGUUGAAGGCUCAACGCACUGAGCUAGACAGGAUUUACCAGGAUGAGAUAUUCAGGAAGGACGAAGAGCUGAGUCAAAAGAAUGAAGCUUUCCAACGAUUGAUUGACGAGCGAGAUGAGCUGCAGUUUGCAAUGAACAAGCUUACCCUUCGGUUUCUCAAUCAGGAACCAGGGACGGGAACCGUAGCGGCAUCGGUUACAAAGAAAUCGCCCAAGAUCCCCGAUGGGAAGAAGCUCUCUGACGGGAAGGAUCCUCGAUAUGAAUCGUGGAAAAUCGACGUUCGUGCGAAGCUGAAGGCAAACAAAGAUCAGUACGAUACCCCAGAAGCACGCAGGGCUUACGUGAAGUCGAUGUGUGAAGGAGAAGCCGCAGAGCAUUUGCUAGCGCGUCUCCGCGAUGACGCCCCAGACCCCUUUAUUGAUGCCGACGACAUGAUCGAACAUCUUGACACUAUUUACCUCGACGCUAACCGCGUUUCUAACGCCAAGAUGGAUUUUCGAAACCUUACUCAAGGCAAGACGCGUUUCCAGACGUUCUUGUCGAAGUUCGCCCUACUUGCGUUAGAUUCGGGGUUGUCACGAUCUGAAUGGAAGGAGGAACUAUACUACAAGAUGAACACAGAGAUGAAACGUGCGGUCAUGAGGGAGAGCAAUGACAGCACGAUGUCGUACGAAGAAUUUGUUAAGUUUUGCACUAUGCAGGCGAAUCGGUUGGAACAAAUCGCUCGUGAAGAGAAGACCCAGCGCACGGCGGACAACAGGAACAACUUCAACCCUACGGCAUCUGGUAUCCCCUCGACUGACAAGAAGUCCACCGCCGCCAAAGCCUCGAAUUCAAAUGACGACAAGAAGAAGAAGUCCCUUCCCUGGCAAGACCCUGAGUUGAAGCCGCUCAUGGAGCAAGGUCUUUGUUUCAACUGCAAGCAACCAGGGCACCGUCGCAACAGCUGUCCUUUCAAGAAGGGCACGGAGAUAAAGGAAAUUGAAACUUCGACCGAACAACCAAAGGCACAAGGAGAUGAAAACACAAUGACUGUCUCAACUAGAGCCCUAGCCGACACUGGAGCAAAUGGAUUAGCCUUUAUGGAUCGACGAUUUGCAAUGUUGAUUGCAAAUCACCUCGCAGUUAGCAUACAGCCUCUUGGAGAGGAACUUCGGGUCCGAGGAUUCGAUGGAAAGGAGGCGGCCCCAAUUAAUGAAGUAUUAACAGUACACUUACUGAUUGAUGGUCGACGACAACUUGAUCUGCCUUUCUUGUUAGCCAAUAUGGGAAAACACGAUGUGAUCUUGGGAAGAAUGUGGUUUGCGGAGAACAAAGUCCUACCUGACUGCCACGGCCGACGGUUGAUUUGGCCAGACGAGCCGAGCCUGAAGGACACCCUAGUGACGAAGCACUAUUUGAAUGCCCCGAAGAGAAUACUGAAACGUAUCAAUGCGGAUCCCAAGCACCAGAGGGAUGUCGAACGUCGAGAUAAACUCAUGGAGGUUGAAGAUAGAGUUCUUCGUGUUGCGGUUCCGUCACGCGGGAGCAAGGACUCUAAUUGGUCUCCAAUGUCGCCUCUCGCGAGAGGUGAAAUCACAGCCAAUCAGAGAAUGCUGAGUUCAGUGGAAACCGUUCAGCGAGACCCACCAGUCGUAUAUGGUCGACACCACGACGUGAGUUUGGCUGCAUCUUAUGACCGAAUGAAUAGAGCACUGCGCGAGGCAUUGAAAGAACCAGAGGAGUUACCACCACCGAAGCGAGUCCGUCAACAUGAGAAGAUCCCGCCAACGAUGGAUAUCGCGCUGAUCAACGCCGUUGGAUUUGUUCGUCACGUGCGGGACAAGGACACAGAGACGUGCAUGACUAGUUUGCAUGAAAUCGAAAAGGCCAUUGAUGGACAACUGCAAUUGCAAAAUGAAGAAGAAAAGGACACCGAGACCGAGGGAAUCAAGAAAACAUUGCCAGAGAAGUAUUGGGAAUUCAUCGACGUUUUCCUGAAGUCGAAAUCCGAUGAACUGCCACCACAUCGACUAUACGAUCAUAAAAUUGAACUCACUGAAGAAAAGCAGCUGGGUUAUAGUCCAAUUUAUCGGAUGUCGUUAGAGGAACUCGAGGCUGCGAGGGAAUACAUUUUAGAGAACUUGCACAAAGGAUUCAUUGUGCCAAGCAAUGCUCCCUUUGCAUCACCGAUAUUGAUGGCUAAGAAACCAGGUGGUGGUCUGCGAUUCUGUGUGGAUUUUCGCAAGCUCAAUAGCAUCACCAGGAAGGACCGGUACCCGUUACCUUUGAUCGAUGAAGUCUUUGAGAGGCUCAGUAGAGCGAAGGUUUUCACCAAGCUCGAUAUUCGACAGGGGUUUCAUCGCAUACGAAUGCAUCCUGAUUCAGAGGACUUGACAACUUUCCGAUGUCGGUAUGGGACGUAUAAGUACAAGGUUAUGCCGUUUGGCGUUACAAAUGGACCAGCUACAUUCCAGCGGCUAAUUAAUGAUAUUUUCAUGGACUGUCUUGAUAAGUUCCUCGUCGCGUUUGUGGACGACUUACUAAUCUAUAGUGAUAAUGAACUGGAGCACGAGCUUCAUGUUAGGCAGGUUCUCCAGAGACUGCGAAACGCCGGUUUGCAGGCAGCAAUCCACAAAUGUGAGUUCCACGUCACGAAGACACGUUAUUUAGGGUUUAUCGUUACGGAACAUGGAAUCGAAGUCGACCCUUCAAAGAUCGAAGCUAUUCUCAGAUGGGGCGUGCCAACUACUGUGUUUGGAAUCCAGUCGUUCCUAGGAUUUUGCAACUUUUACCGUCGAUUCAUCAAGGACUAUAGCCGAAUAGCCAAGCCGCUAUACCGCCUGACUCACAAUAACGUGCCGUUCGAAUGGACGAAAAACUGCCAAGAGGCUUUUGACAAGCUCAAGCUCUGUUUAUCAACAGCACCGGUGUUGAGUCAUUAUCAGCCAAAUCUCCCUACACGUGUAGAGACCGACGCGUCGGAUGGAGUGAUCGCAGGGAUCUUGUCUCAGUUGCACGAGGAGGGACUAUGGCACCCGGUGGCUUAUUUCUCACGUACGAUGACGCCUUCAGAAAGGAAUUAUGAUAUCCACGACAAAGAGAUGCUAGCUAUCGUCCGCGCUCUUGAGGAGUGGCGACCUGAGCUGGUGGGGCUACAGCGGGAGGACCGGUUUGAGAUACUUUCUGAUCACCGAGCUUUGGAGUAUUUUAUGACGACUAAAAAGCUCAACGCCCGACAAGCUCGUUGGUGUGAGUUCCUCACUGAUUACUACUUCGUCUUGAGGUUCCGGCCAGGAAAGGCCAAUGUCGCGGCGGACACGCUAACCCGUCGAGACGGAGCGCCAAAGGAUGAAGGCUAUCGUGAGCGAACAAUAUUAACUGAAGAUUUUCUUGAUUCAGCAGUAAAGGCCGAUCUGGGGCUCGUAGGAGAAAUCGACUCUUCAAUCGAUAUCAUGUCAAGAGUGGUUACUGCGAAUUUAACUGCUGAGGAAGCGGAGUCAUAUCGGCAAAGGGCCCGAGAAGGGGACGACGAUUGGAACCUGCUUGGAGGCCGUCUGUUUUUCCGAGAUAGGCUGUUCGUGCCGGCUGUAGGAGACCUUCAGGCGCGCCUAUUGGAUGAGAUUCAUCAACAACCAUCAACAGCUCACGCUGGUAAAGGCAAGAUGACCAGGUUGGUGAAAGAGCGGUAUUACUGGCCUUCUUGGUCCCAGGAUGUGAACCGGUAUGUUGACAAUUGCAUGACAUGUAAGCGAAUGAACACCCGCCGUGAUUUGCCUCCAGGAUUACUCAAGCCGUUGCCCAUACCUGAACGGCCAUGGCAACACAUAUCAAUGGACUUUAUGUCAUACCCGAAGGAUAAACACGGCUACGAUGCGGUAUUUGUUGUGGUCGAUAGAUUGGGGAAGCGACCAGUAUCAAUUCCAUGCCACAAGACAGUAACGGCCAAAGAGAUGGCUCGGCUUUUCAUACGGUUUGUUCUUCCAUGGGCAGGACUACCGGACUCUAUUGUGUCGGAUAGAGGUCCCCAGUUUGUGUCGGAAUUUUGGCAAGAGGUUUGUAGGAUUCUGGGUGUCACGAUCAAGUUAUCGACAGCGGACCACGCUCCCACUGACGGCCAGACCGAAAUCGCGAAUCAAUACCUUACGCAAAGGCUUCGACCGUACGUUAAUCAUCAUCAGGAUGACUGGUCGGAAUGGUUGCCUAUUAUGGAUUACGCUGCGGCCACCCUUCCCCAGGAAUCGACGAAUUUGUCCCCUUUCAUGAUUGAGCGAGGAUAUCAACCAAGAACUUCUUUCGAUUGGUCGGGCCCGGCGCAGCCAGGACGAUUGACCAUUAAUCAGAGGGACGCUCAGCGAUGGAUGACUAGAUUUGCUGAGAUUUGGAAAUAUGCGAAGCAACAGCUUCAGCUUGCACAGGAACGUCAGCAAGCACAAGCGAACCGCCGUCGGCGUGAAGUUGAUUUUGACGUUGGAGAUGAGGUCAUGGUUACAACAAGAAAUUGGAAUCUGAAUGUACCCGGUCGGAAGCUGGCCAUGCAAUGGAGUGGACCAUACCGUGUGAAAGAGAAAGUCGGUCAUUCUUAUCGGCUUGACUUACCACCUGGCAUCAAUGUUCACCCGGUUUUCUCACCCGAUAAAUUGCGUUUAGCAUCACGCACAAAACCGCUGGAGGGGCAACUUCGCGAUCCCUCUCCACCUGUGGAGGUGAAUGGAGAGCACGAAUGGGAAGUCGACAAGGUCUUGGAUUCGAAAAUUCGUUACAGGAAGCUCAACUAUCGCGUGGCCUGGAUCGGCUACGACCCUGAUCCUCAGUGGUAUCCUGCGCGGAAUUUCAAGAAUGCGCCAGCGAAGCUCCGUGAGUUCCAUGCCGCAUAUCCAGACAAGCCAGGACCGCCACGUCGUUUACAGGAAUGGCUCGAUGCCGCUGACCGAGAUGAAUUCCUCCCAGAUGAGGAUGACGACGAUUUGGUGUAG